AUGGCCGUUUCAAGACAUUUUUCACGUGCGGUAGAAAAAAACAAACGACGGGAGCUGUGUUCUCUCUUCCUCGCCGUUCUCGCCCCGGGGAUUCGAGCAGAGCCGACGCGGAGCGGAGGCGGGGCGGGAGGCGGCGGGGAGCGAGCAGCGGUCUGUGCGCGGUUUGGGGCCGUCCCCUGCGCGGUUCCGGUGCGCAGGGCCGGGCGGGCAGCGCUGGUCGGCGGUGAGUGCGUGCAGUGCCGGGAGGAGGCUGCGGGCGCCGCUAUUGACCGAGGAGGAGCGAUCGGGAGGUGGGAGCGGUGGAGGCAGCCCCGCCCGCUGCGGCGCGGCUCGCUGUCUGUCUGGGGUCUGUCUCGGCGGGCGGCGGGCUGCGAGCGUCCCCGCGGUGCGGAGCCGCGGUGCAGCGAGGCGGACGGGGCGGCAGCGGCACCGGACGGCAGCGGCGGUUCGGAGCCGGAGGCUGGGCCGGAGGCGGAGAGGGCUGUGUCUCGGCGGCGGGGCGGUGUGUGCGGGGCGGCGAUGCGGGCGUUGGGGAGGCGGUGGGGCCGUCGGGAGCGAGCGCUGCUGUGGUGCGUGCUGGGGGCGGCGUGGGAGGCGGCGUGGGGGCAGCUGCGCUACUCGGUGCCCGAGGAGAUGCCCAAGGGCUCCUUCGUGGGCGACGUGGCCAAGGACCUGGCGCUGCAGCUACCGGCGCUCCGCGAACGCGGGGUUCGCCUUGUAUCCGAGGGCGGGACGCAGUAUUUUUCCCUGCACGGGAGGACGGGACACUUAGUGACGGCGGAGAGGAUCGUUAGGGAGCAGCUCUGCGAGAGUGUGCGGCAAUGCGUGCUGCGCUGUGAGGUGAUAGUGGAGGGCGAAAUGCAGGUUUAUGAAAUAGAAGUGGAAAUCAAGGACAUUAACGACAACACGCCCAGCUUCAAAGAUGAUGACCUCGAGGAGAGAAUGAGCGAGACGGCAACCCCGGGGUCACGAUUUCCCCUUCCCGAGGCUCACGACCCGGACUUGGGAAUGAAUUCCGUACAGAGCUACGAGCUGAGCGGCGACGAGCACUUCUCGCUGUCGGUGCAGACGGGCCCCGGCGGGGCUGAGCGUCCCGAGCUGGUGCUGGCCAAGGCGCUGGACCGGGAGGAGGCGGUGUCGCACGAGCUGGUGCUGAGGGCGAUGGACGGCGGCGAGCCAUCCCGGACGGGCACGGCGCGGCUCCGCGUGACGGUGCUGGACGCCAACGACAACGCGCCCGUGUUCAGCCAGGCGGAGUACACGGUGCGUGUGCCAGAGGACGUGCCCGUGGGCCCCACCCUCGUCACCGUCACGGCCACCGACGCCGACGAAGGGACCAAUGGGCACUUAAAGUAUUCGUUGCAAAAGUUUUCCGUUAAAGCCUCGCACAUUUUUCUGUUGGACGCUGAGACAGGAGCUAUCACCCUGGUGCGGAACCUGGACUUUGAGGAAGGCGACUACUACGAACUGCAGGUUCAGGCACGCGACGGAGGUGGUCUUUACAGCACAGCAAAAGUCACGAUCACUGUGAUGGAUGUCAAUGACAACGCGCCAGAGAUUUUCGUGCGGUCAGCGCUGAGCGAGAUCUCUGAGGAGGCCCCAGCGGGGACAGUUGUGGCUCUGCUGCACGUGCAGGACCGGGACUCCGGUCCCAACGGCGAGGUGCGGUGCUUGCUGGAAGGAUCCGUCCCGUUCCGUCUGCAGAGCUCGCGGGGCAGCUACUACAGCGUGGUGACGUCGCGGGAGCUGGACCGGGAGAAGGUGUCAGAGUACAACGUGACAGUGCGGGCGUCGGACGGCGGGACGCCGCCGCGGUGGAGCAGCGCGGUGCUGUGUCUGCGGGUGCUGGACGUGAACGACAACGCGCCGGUGUUCUCGGAAAUGCGAUACAGCGCCCGCGUGCGGGAGAACAACGCGGCGGGCGCGCUGCUGCUGCGGGUGCGGGCGCGGGACGCGGACUGGGGCGCGAACGCGCGCGUGCGGUACCGCCUGUGUGAGGGCGUCGUGCGGGGCGCGGCGCUGUCGUCGUACGUGUCGGUGGAGGCGGAGACGGGCGCGCUGUACGCGCUGCGGUCGUUCGACUACGAGGAGGUGCGCGAGGUGGGGCUGUGGGUGCGGGCGGAGGACGGCGGGUCGCCGUCGCUGAGCAGCAACGCGUCAGUGCGCCUGGAGAUCGUGGACGAGAACGACAACGCGCCGCAGGUGCUGUACCCGCCGUCGUCGGGCUUGGGCUCGUCGGGGUCGGUCGUGGAGCUGGCGUCGCGGUCGUGGGAGCCCGGCUCGCUGGUGGCCAAGGUGGUGGCGGUGGACGCGGACGCGGGUCAGAACGCGUGGCUGUCGUACGAGCUGUGGAAGGCGACGGAGCCGGGGCUGUUCCGCGUGGGGCUGCACAGCGGCGAGGUGCGCACGGCGCGCUCGGCUCUGGCCCGCGACGCGUCGCGGCACAGCGUGGUGGUGGUGGUGAAGGACCACGGGCGGCCGGCGCUGUCGGCCACGGCCACGCUGACGGUGGUGCUGGCCGAGAGCGUGGCCGAGCUGCUGUGGGAGCUGGGCAGCGCGGCGGCGGCCGUGCCGGGCGAGGCGUCCGGCGGGCUGACGCGGUGGUUGGUGGUGGCCGUGGCGGCCGUCUCCUGCCUCUUCCUCGCCUUCCUGCUGCUGCUGCUGGCGCUGCGCCUGCGCCGCUGGCGCCGCUCGCAGCUGCUGCCGCCGCCGGGCAGCGGAGCCUUGCGCGCCGUCCCGGGCUCGCCCUUCGUGGGCCUCGACGGCGUGCGCGCCUUCCUGCGCUCCUACUCGCACGAGGUGUCGCUCACCGCCGACUCGCGCAAGAGCCAGCUCCGCUUGUCGCCCGACAGCGCCUGCGACACGCUGCCGGCCCGCCCGCCUCCCGCCGAGCCCAAGCCGCUGCUCGACGAGGACCCCGACGCCGCCCGCCGCGACCCCCCCUCCGCUGUCCCGGUGAGUGAGUGAGUGCCUCUGGCGGGACUGGUCCGUCGCGUUGCCCUCUGCCGCUCCCCUGCAGUAUCCAGGGCGAUUAUUUGCUAAUAACCGCCACAGUGGAAGGCGUUUGUGAAAAAGAAACUAGGCACUGUCUUCUGUGUCUUUGUAUUUAUUGAGGAAACAGCGAGUAUUACAUAAUCAGGAAAUCGCUUAUCACCAGUGGCUCUUGCUCUCCGCAAGUGAUCAGGUUGCUCCGUGUAACAGUUGGUGUGUAGUCGGGAAAAACGGAGCUGGGGUUGGCUUGAGUUUCGUUCGGACGGGUCAUUUUUCCUAUUGCGCUCCAGGUAUUUUCUCGGUUUAUCCUCUGACAUGUGCAAUACCGGUUUUCCUUUUAGCUGUAGCUCUUCCGAAUGGAUAUAUUUUAUUUUUAGGAAGUGGAGGUUCGAGUUAUUUGCAGGGUCAGUUUUCUUUCCGACAGCCAGGAUGCCUAAGUAGGAUGAGAUCGACUUGAAACGAGACGCUAAUGGCCCAUUUAUGUUUCCGUGACGAAAUAAUGCUUUGUAGUUUUAUUGGCGCCUUUUCGCUUGUUUAAUACCAUGAUCUGCUCCUCCAGGUCUCAGCGCUUGACCUUAUGUUGUUUAUUGUUGAAAGCAGUGCAUUCUAUGUAUUAUUAAUAACGGUGCUCGUUAGGAAGGUUUUUUUUCUUCUGCGCUUUACCUGGCUGUGACCAGUUUUACUCAAAGAAUGGGACCGUGACAAAUACAUAAUUGUUUUUAUCGACAGCAGCGUGUUAGUUGAGGGUUGUUUUUUUCUCAGGUUCGUUUUCCGUUCACCUUUCUCAUUACAAAGCUUUUGCGUUUAACUGUGGGUGGGUACGUUGGAUGAGUGUAAGACGUUAUUAGAAAUAACGCUCCUUACAAACCUGACCAGUUUUACUCAAAGAAUGGACCGUGACAAAUACAUAAUUGUUUUUUAUCGAGAAUGGAAUGUUAGUUGAUUUUUUGUUCCUCACUUCCGUCUCCCGUUCACUUCUGCCAUUACACGGCUUUUUCAUGUAGCAGUCGUUACGUGGGAUGAAUGUAAUCCUUUAUUAGAAAUUUCCCUGCAGCCGCCAGUGCCUGUUUUGGGACGGGUCUUCUGUGGGUCACUUCUGAAAAUUCCUCUCACAGUGUGUUCCUCAAGUAGUGCUGACAGCAAGGUCAAUGUCGUGUACCAGAUUUCAGCGAGUUUUCCACGCUGAAAGUGCUUAAAGCUCAACCG